UCCGCGCCUGAUCGCAGUUAUCGCAGCGCAGCAGAAGAUCCAACAAAAAUCUGCGAUUUCUUCCCAUUCUGCUUUCUUUAUCAGAACUUGCAUUAUUUUUACCAUCCCGGGAUUAUCACUAACAUAAAGAUGAUGCUGUCCAGCGGUGCGUGCAAAUCCCUGCUGUUCCGCCCCCUGUGGCUGCAGGGCGCGGGGCGAACCCUGGCGACGUCCGCGCUGCGUUCGGCCGAGGACAAGUCCAGCAGCGUCAUCGCGCCCCGCAACGACGAGCAUCACAAAAAGGGGCUGGUGCGCGGGGAGACCAUCGAGUCGGAUGUGACGCACAUGGAGGACUUUGGCCUGAUGGCGGACCCCAUGCGCCCCACGGGGGAGGUGCUGGUGUACGAGGGGCCCGAGCGCGACGUCGUCAACUUCCCGCGCCCCACCAUGCCGCUGUACGGGGGCCGCACGCGGCUGGGCUUCAUCCCCGAGGAGUGGUUUGAUUUCUUCUAUAAAAAGACCGGAGUCACGGGGCCGUACGUGUUCGGGGCGGGUCUGAUCACGACGCUCCUCUCCAAAGAACUGUGGAUCGUCGACCACGAAUUCCCCAUCAUCCCGCCGCUGGCGCUGAUCAUCUACCUGGCCAUGACGAAGGGCGGUCCGGCGCUGGCCAAGAUGAUGGACCAGGACAUUGACGAGCACGAGCGCUCGCUGGUGGAGCUGCAGGAGGACAACAUGGCCGACCUCAAAGCGGCCAUCCAGGGCGAGGAGCAGGCGCAGUGGAGCGCCAAGGGCCAGAGCCUGCUCUUCCAGGCCAAACGCGAGAACGUGGCGCUGCAGCUGGAGGCCGAGUACCGCCGGCGCCUGGCCGAGGCCUACGCCGAGGUCAAGAAGCGCUUGGAUUAUCAGGUGGAGGUGCAGAAUGCCAAACGCGCGGUGGAACGCCGGCACAUGGUCAACUGGAUCAUCAACGGGGUCGUCAAGGGGAUUGAUGAGCGGCAGGAGAAGCAGAAUAUCGAUAACUGCAUCGCCAACCUCCACCGGCUCUCCACCGCCUGAUUUCAUUGAAUUAUUUUGGGUUUUGUCUCGUUUUUAGUGUUUUCCUUCGAGCUGUGUACUGUCCUGAUUAAAUCGCGAAAUAAUCGGUUAGUUCAUCUGUUUCAUUUUCAUUUCCUUAGGAGAAUAAGAAUAAAUUUGUUUAUUAAUUUAAUCCGCUUUAUUACAACUGUCCGUUUCCCUGUUUAAACACGACUGACCAUAAGUAAUACCUAAUAAAAUUGACUGUAAA